AUGGAUAACUGGCCGUUGCUCGGCCGCCUGAGAAGAGCAGUCCACAAGGUGAGAUUCCUAUUGAAUUUCGACCUCCACCGGUGGAUUCUCUCCUCCGGGACGCGCCGCCCUUCGAGCAAGCGGCUCCUGAGCUUCAGCGACCGCCCCGGGUUGAGGGCAUGCACAUCGAUGGACGAUAAAGAGUACGAAGGCUUGCCAGGCUCUUCGAGAGGGUUGGGGCUUCAGAGAACGAUAAGUUAUCCCUCCGAGGACGAUAUCGACAAGAGAGCCGAUAUGUUCAUCGCUAAUUUCCAUCGCCAACUUCAGCUGGAGAGACAGAUUUCUAUGGAGCUUCGCUAUUGCCGGGGGAAUAGCUUCCAGUCGAGGUCGCCGUGA